GUAGGCGACGCAUCCAAUUGACCGCCUCUUUCUCUCUCUUCACUCUAAUUUGAAAAUCAAGAAUUAAUAAUAAUUUCCAUCCAUCCAACCAACUAUGAACGAUUUGGAAUCUGUUCAUCUUAGUUUCAGUGAUCUAAGUACUGUCACUGGUUCAGAUUCCAGCAGCCCUACUGAAAUGAAUCCAAAGAAAAAUGCAGAGGAAGAAGAAGAAGAUAAAGAAGGAAGUGAACAUAGCAUUUUGAGUUCAAUCAGUUAUUCCUCCAAAGAUGGUGUUUUUCGAAAUUUAUCAUACAGAUCGAAGCCUCAUAAAGGAAACGACUUUCGAUGGGAAGCAAUUCAAUGGGUGAAAGAUAAAGACGGUGAAUUGGGUUUGAGACAUUUUAGGGUUUUAAAGAAACUUGGAUUUGGUGAUAUAGGAAGUGUUUAUUUGGCUGAGUUGAAGGUGGGGAUGAUGAGAAAGUGUUUGUUUGCUAUGAAAGUGAUGGAUAAAGGAAUGUUGGUUGGGAGGAAGAAACUUCAUAGAGCAGAAACAGAGAGACAGAUUUUGGGUAUUUUAGAUCAUCCUUUUCUUCCUACCCUCUAUUCGCAUUUUGAAACAGAGAAAGUUUCUUGUUUACUUAUGGAGUUUUGUAGUGGUGGAGAUCUUCAUCUUCUCCGGCAACGCCAGCCCGGUAAACAUUUUACAGAACAGGCAGCCAGGUUUUAUGCUUCAGAAGUGCUCCUUUCUCUUGAAUACUUACACAUGAUGGGUGUUGUUUAUAGAGACUUAAAGCCUGAAAAUGUCCUUGUUAGGGAAGAUGGUCAUAUCAUGUUAUCAGAUUUCGACCUUUCAUUAAGAUGUUUAGUCAAACCAACUCUCGAGAAUAAAUCUAAUCCCAAUUCAUCUUACAACAUCGAAGAUCCGUCUUGCAAAUUCUCCGUUUGCAUCGAACCUACUUUUUGCUUUAAACCGCGACUAUUCAAAUUCAAUAGCAAAUCUUCGAAAUUGAAGUGGGAACCGAUGUUUUCGACGAAACAAGAAUCAGUCCCCGAGCUCGUCGUGGAGCCAACAACCGCUCGAUCGAAUUCUUUUGUAGGGACUCAUGAGUACUUAUCACCCGAGAUCAUAAGAGGAGAUGGACAUGGAAGUGCGGUUGAUUGGUGGACAUUUGGGAUAUUUUUGUAUGAGUUGAUUUAUGGGAAGACACCUUUUAAAGGGAUUGGAAAUAGGGAGACUUUGUUUAAUAUUGUUGGACAGCCUCUUAAGUUUCCUAGUAACAUUAGUGGAUCAUCGAGUUCUUCAGCUUUGUCUACGGAUUUGAUCAAGAGAUUAUUAUCGAAGGAUCCACAAAAGAGAUUGGGGUUUAAAAGAGGGGCUACCGAGAUAAAACAACAUCCUUUUUUUGAAGGUGUUAAUUGGGCGCUAAUUCGGGGUGAUAAGCCACCUAAUGUCCCCGAGCCAAUCGACUUGUCGUUAUUGUCUAGUGGAAUGAAUAGUUGUAAGAAAACAACCGUGCCUAAAUGCGAUGAAGGAGAUUCAAAUAGUUCUUCGGGCUCUUAUCUCGAAUUCGAAUUCUUUUAAAGUGGUUAGGAAUUGUUUAUUUGAUUGCAUUCAUCUUUUUGCCUUCUAGCAUGGUUAUGUUUGUUGUUAUCUAAAUCUUUAAUGAAAAAAAAAUGAAUAAAG